AUGGAAGCCCCGGAUAUUUCCUGGAAUCCACUGGAGAUCCUCCUCCUGUUCCGUUGCGUGGCGAAGCUAGGCCUUUCUGACAAACCUCUACCCAACUCCUCCCGAACCGUACCUGGAAGCGCGGUGGGCGUAGCGGUAGCCGGUCCCAGCGGUUCAGAUGGGUUCGUAAGCCGGAGCGGCGACGGCUGGGCGGUAGUGGCGACGGAGAUGCAGAAACGGUCGGCGUUUGUGUCCCAGCGGCCGUUGGAUCGCCCGCACACUGCGCAGCCCGUGCGCGCUUCAGAGCAACCUCAUCCUCUGCUCUUUCCCCCUGCGUCCGACCGUCCGUCCGUCUCUCCCUCGCCUCCGGCGCUGCAGGAGUGCUCGCAAGUAUACGCCAGCGUCGUUGGAGGCAUUUCACGGCCGGCCAAGAACGCUCAAGCGGCUGCUGCUGCUGCUACAGGCGAAGGGUUGGCGCCUGCACCUUGCCCCGCCGUCGCCACCGCCGCUGCCGCCGCAGCUGCUGCUGCUGCUGCUGCCGCUGCCGCGGCGGCUGCUGCUGAUUCACAAGGCAUUACUCAUGGCAGUUCACACGGCAACAGCAGAGCCAAGAGAUUAAAAGGGGGUGACACAAACGAAGGUCGUGUAGGAGGGUUCUUGUUGCCAUGCGCAAGAGGCGUGCUGGGCAGAGCGGAAGCAACAGACGGGCGCGCAGGAGAAGCAGACGCAGGGGUAGCAGAGAACGAAGGGGUACGGACAGAGGAGGAUGGAGGAGGAAGGGACGAGCGGGGGCAGGAGGGGGAGAUGGUGGAAGAGCGGGUAAGGGCAGUGGUUGUGAAGAGGCUGCAGCGAUGGACGCAGGGCAGAGAGAAGAAGAGGCGAAUGGGAGGAGAGGAAGACGGGGGGAAGGGCGCGAGCACGGAGGAAAAGGAGCAGGCGCGGCAGGGACAGGGGCAGGAGCAGGAGGAGCAGCAAAGGCAGGAGCAGGCGCGGCAGGGGCAGAGACAGGAGGCGCUGGAGCAGGGGGUUAAAUCGGUGUUAAGCGAGGGUGUGGGCGAAGAAGAAGGCAAGGGGGAAGUCGAUGAUGCGGGUGAGCGGGGGAGGGGGAGCAGUGCGCAGGAGCGAGGGCAAGGGCAUGCAGAGGGGCCAGCAAGGGCAGAGAAUCCCGAUGGGGCUGUGCCCUUAGAGCGCGGUCAUAGGGUCUCGGAUCAUAAGGAGCAUGUAGGGGAAGCAGGCAGGGUGGGCGGUAGAGAGAGGAGGGGAGGAUGGAUGGAGAGAGGAGGUGCGGAUGAGAUGGGGGAGGGGUUGGGCAGAGGCGGAGAGGAGGGGAGAGAGAAGGUGGUGGGGGAGAGAGGGAGGAGGCGAGGGGGAGAGGAGGAGGCGGGAAUGAGGGUUGCUGGUGGGGAGUGUGCAGGUGAUGGUGGGGCGAGAGAUGGGGAUGGAGGGGGGGAAGGAGAAUUGGCACGCAGGGAAGGGAAGGGUGAGAGGGAGGGCGACUGGGGAGGAGGAUUUGGGAGGGCUAUGGCGGGUGAGGAGCUUGCAAGGAGUGCCGUGGCUGGUGGCAGUGGGAGAGGGAAGGGGGAGAGAGGAGGUGGGGGAGAAGGAGGAGAGGGGGGGGAAGGAGGUGGUGGAGGGGAAGGAGGAAGGGAAGGUGAAGGGGAAGAAGGAGGGGAAGGAGGAGCGGACGGGGAAGGAGGUCGUUUGAGAAGAGGGGGAGAAGGUGGAUCGAGGAGAAGGGGAUUAGAAGGCAAGCUAAGCCAUGUGUAUGCAGGCUCUGAGGGCGUUGGUAGGGGUGACGCUGGGGGUGCAAGUGGAAGGGCGGAGGGGGGUACGGGAGGCGCUAUGGAAAGGGAGAGUGCAGGGGAGAAGAGAGACGAAGGCAGGAGUGGGGUGGAGAGGGGUGCAGAUGGGGUUGUGUGCCAGGGGUGGGGUACGGGGGUUGUAGAUGGGGAGAGGUGUAACGCGGUGGGAGGAGACGGGGUUGCGGUGGUGGGGGGGAGGGAUGAGAGAGAUGGUGGGCCGUGGGAGGUGAUGGUAUUGGAAGGGGGAGGCAGAGGAGAAGGGAAGAGCCGCGAUGGUAGUGGGGGAGCAAGGGAGGCGAGAGAAGAAGUGUGCGAAGGUCUGGGGGUGAAAGAGAAAGAGGGGUGGGGGAGGAAGGAGGCAGCAGAGGAGUGUAAGGAGAGGGAGAUUCAACAAGAGGCAGGGACAGAGGUUGGAGAGCAGAGAAGGGCUGUGCGAAUGGUGGCAUGCAAUGGAGAUGUGACAGGAGAGAAGAAAGAUGCUGGUGAUUCUGGCAUAGCGGAUGGUUUCAAUUUCAACAAGGGUGAUAUGAUUGAGGGAGAGAAGGAAGAGGGAAUGGUGUCAGGUAGAGGGGAGGAGGAGGGGGGAAACGGAGCGGUUGGGGAGAAGGGAGUGAGCAUGCAGGGAGGCAGGCCUCCAGUGGCUUUGGAGAGUAUUAAACGAUUGGAGAGUUCUAAAGGAUCUCAUGCAAGGAGCGAGGGGACUGGUGUUGGGGAAGCAGCGGUGAGAGAUGCAGUGGGAGCAGACGCGCAGAGGGGAGAAGCGGGAAGGGAGGAGGGUGAGGGGGAAAGGGAGGGGAGCGGGGAUGAGAGGGGAGAUGGCAGGGGAGCGAGCGCGGGAGGGGUUGGCGAAUCAAACGAGGAGGUGCGACUUGCGAAAGAAGAUCAAAGGGUGCAAGUAAUGCAAUCAGUGCUAGAGGUACGGUCCGUGGCAGCAGCAGCAGGAGCAGCGGGGCUUGCAGGGGGCCUGUGCUCACUACUGCCAGAGCAGAAUGUGAAAGAAGGGGCAGUGGGGAGGGUGCAGUACAGGCGGAGGAAGGGCGGCUCUGGGUCCACACCGCUCAAGAAGAGAGGCCCUGUGUCUCUUGCGGAUCCACCUGUGUGCCAACUGGAUGCUGCUGGUGAUGGCGGUAGUGGUGCUGGUGGUGCUGCUGGUGCUGGUGCUGGUGCUGGUGGGUUGCGUAUCGGUUCUGAUGCCCACUCCCGCUUUGCUGCUUCGGAAACAGCAGCCGCCGCAGCAGCAGGCACAGCAACUGGCUCAGCAGCAGUCACUGCAGCAGAUGGUAAUUCUCCCCCUGUUACAUCCCCCCCUCGCACGCUACUCGAUCAUCGUGAGACGGAAUGCACGGAGGUUACUUGCAGGGUGGGGGGAGGGGGUGAUGGGGGUGUGGGAGUGGGGGAGGAGGGGGUGGUGGAGCAGCAGCAGCGGAGACCGGGCUUGGGGAUGCACUGGCAGAGCAAUCAAUUGCAUGAGAAGGAGGAAAAGGAGAAGGAGAAGAGGGAGGAGAGGGAGGAGAGGGAGGAUGGGUUGGAUGGGAGGGUUGUGGAGCAGAGAGAGGAGGGAAGAGAAGCAGAGGCGUGUAUAGGGCCACUGCAGGAGGCGUGGGGGGAGAGGGCGGAGUGUGGCGGGUGGGAGGGCGGGGUGGGGUCAGUGGUGGGCAAGUCAACAACAGUAGGGAGGGCAGCCUUGGAAAGGGCAGUGGUACGAGAAGCUGAGUGGCAGGAGGUGCAAGGGCCGUCCAGCCCACGCAAGAGACUCAAACGCUCAGGCUCCUCUGCAAAAAAGGCAUCAUUCAGUGCGUCUGAUCCUGCUGCUGCUGCUACUGUUGCUGGCGUGCCAAGGAAACCGAUGCAUGGCGAAGAGAUGGGCAUGGGAACGGGAACAAGUCCUGUGGUGGAAGAAGGUGCUUCGAGAGAGCGUGGUGAACCUCAACCACACACCAGCCAUGGUGGUAGUGAACGAGCUCUAGCUGACACAGAAGCCAUGUCUACAGCCGCCCCUGCUAUUGCUGCUGAUGGUGUUGCUGCUACUGCCGCUGCCGCUGCUGCUACUGCUGCUGCCGCUGCUGCUGCUGCUUCACCAGUCACUGCUGUGGUUGUGGAGGGCAACGGUGCCUCCGACUCUUUUCCCCGUCCACUCUCAUCUCGCCUCCUUUUAUCGAAAGGCCUCCGGGUUCUGCUCUCACCGCUCUCAACCACCCCGCACCCAUCCCGACUCCCCCAGGAGCACCCAGACUACACCUCCAUAGUGCGACAGCACAUAGACCUGAGCAUGAUCGGCAGGCGGGCUUUAAGCGGCGAGUACCCGUCCCGGCACGCCUUCUUCCGGGACGUGGUGCAGCUGCUGGCGAAUGCCUUUGUGGCCUUCCCCCACGACUCGCACCACUUCACCGCUGCUCUCUCCUUCCGCUCGCACCUCUGCCAGGAGAUGUCCGCAGCGUUCCCCCAGGACUCGUGGCCUCUUCCCUUGUCAGACCGGGGAGCAGCAGGCAUGCACGCGUCCUGCAGCCACAGCAGCCGCGAAAGCUUCCCCUCAGGGGCUCGUGCAGGCACAGGGAGGGUGGGGAGAGGGGUGGCGCGGGGGAGGGGGGGUGGGGUUGAUGGGGAGGAGGGGUGGGAAGAGGUGGAGGAGGGGGAGGAGGGGGAGGAAGGGGAGGAGGGGGAGGAGGGUGAGGGGGCAGGGGCAGGGGAGGUUGGGAAGGUUGCGAGGGAUGGAGGAGAGGGAGGGGAUAAGGGUGGGAGGAUGGAACAGGAAGGUGAGGAGGAGGGAGAGAGGAAAGGUAUGGGAGGCAGUGAGGAGGGUAGGGGGAUGUGCGGUGGAGGGAAAACGUGGAGUGAAGCAAGAGAAGGCAAGGGGAAUGCAGUCGACUCAAAGGUCACUGCGGGGGGCAUGGUGACACGGCAGAGGAGGCGCAUGCAGGAGGAUGGGGCAGCGGAGAGCAGGCAGAUCCGGCCGAAAGAGAACUCAAGAGGGAAGGCAGCAGGGCGAUGA